AAGCGAGGUGUUAAUUGUAAUCUAAAACUGGGCCGUUUAAAGCGUUUUAUUUUCAAUGUAAAUUAAAAUCGAAUCUCAAACCGGAAAAAAUCUAAAAAACUGAGAUGAAUUUUACGAACCAUUUGCACGUAUUAUUAAACUAUAUAAAUUUUCAACUGAAAUUACCAUUUAAUCUUGAGAAUUUUGAAGAAGUAUUCUAUAUAUAAAUAAACGAAAUACUUCAAUGUUGACUUGAAUAAGUUAUAAAUUGUUAUAAUUAACCAUGUUUUGUGUUAAUAAAGUCCAAUUAGCUUUGUAUUCUUUUUCGAAAGUUAAAUAUUUUUCAAAUAGGUUAUCACAUCUGAAUUCUUAUGCUAUAGUAUUUAAGGAGUAUGGAGAUCCUAAUAAAGUGUUGGAAAAAACGCAGUGCGAUGUAUCUGAUGAUUUGGAAUCAAGUCAAGUAUUAAUUAAAAUUCUCGCUUCUUCGAUCAAUCCUGCAGAUAUAAAUAUCAUACAAGGAAAAUAUGCCAUAAAACCCAAAUUACCCGCCAUUGCAGGAGGUGAAGCAAUAGGUGAAGUUUUGAAGGUUGGUUUAGGUGUCAAAAAUCUAAAAGUUGGGGACCGAGUUAUGCCUGCAAUCCCUGCUUCUGGGACAUGGAAAACACACGGUGUGUAUAAAGACAGUGAUUUGAUAGAGAUUGACAAGGACAUUCCUUUACAGAGUGCAGUUACUCUGUCUACCAAUCCAUGCACAGCUUACAGAAUGUUGAAAGAUUUUGUUCAUUUGAAGGAAGGGGAUACAGUUAUACAGAAUGGUGCCAACAGUGCUGUUGGACAGGCUGCCAUUCAAAUUGCAAAACAUUUAAAAAUUAAUACAAUUAACGUUGUGAGAGAUCGUCCUAAUUUAGAGUCCUUGAAAUCUUACCUAGCAGAUUUAGGAGCUACUCAUGUUGUUGCUGAGAAUGAACUUAGAAGUCCAAUCAUGAGUGAUAUUUUCAAGCAGAUUCCAAAACCAUCCUUGGGUUUCAACUGUGUUGGAGGAAAAAGUGCAGCUGAACUUAUUAGGCAUAUGACGAACAAGGGAACCUUAGUAACAUAUGGCGGCAUGUCGAAAUUGCCACUAACUAUCAGUACAGCAUGCUUGAUAUUUAACGAUAUCAGAGUUGUUGGUUACUGGAUGAGUAGAUGGGUCAUGGAACACUCAAAUGAAGAAAGGAGUGUGAUGCUAAAGGAACUGACAGACAUCGUUAAAAGAGGUGGUUUAAAGCCUCCUACUCAUCGUGAAGUAGAUUUUGAUAAUUUUAAGGAUGCAGUUGCAAAAUCUAUGGAAGAAUAUGUAACUGAAAAACAAAUUAUAGUUAUGAAAUGAUGAUGUAAUUAUGAUUUACUUUUAAGAAAUAUUCAUAUUUAGUGUAUUACCUUUAUAUAUGCUGUUUUUAAUAAAAUUGUGAUAGAAGGAAUUUAUUCAACCAAAAAUUAUUUUAAGGUCAGUCGCGCUCUGGUUUGUAAUUAUUCGAUAAAAAAAUACCAUAAUAAAUAAUUCGAUUUAUUUAUUGAUGAAGAUAAAUGGAAUUCUUCACGUUGUUUCGUAUUAUUUGUAAUUAUUAAUUACUGUUUUGUAAUAAAAGUUUUAUUUUAUAGCGCAUUUAUAUAGUAUGUACAGUUAUUUUGUAAUAGAAAUAAAAAUAUUUUUAAAUUA